GCGGGCGAGUGGGGAGCCGGGGUCUCCGGCGCCUGGGCGUUCACGGAGCCUGCGGGCGCUGGUCCGGGCGUCCAGGGCUGGGGGGCGCGGGCGGCUGGGCCCGGACUGGGGGCCUGGCCCCGGGGCCACCCGGGCGGAGGCUCUGCGGCCGCCUCCACCCCGGCCACAUCCCGAGGCCAUUGCCGGGUUCGGAGAACUGUCGGGGGACCUCCAGGCCCCCACGCGCCUGCGAGAUCCGGCGCCUGCCUUUCCCCAGCCACGGUUUCUGUUUCCGAGAAACCGGUGAAGCCAUGGAUGCUCCCCACCCCAAGGCAGCCCUGGACAGCAUUAACGAGCUGCCCGAGAACAUCCUGCUGGAGCUGUUCACGCACGUGCCCGCCCGCCAGCUGCUGCUGAACUGCCGCCUGGUCUGCAGCCUCUGGCGGGAUCUCAUCGACCUCAUGACCCUCUGGAAGCGCAAGUGCCUGCGAGAGGGCUUCAUCACCGAGGACUGGGACCAGCCCGUGGCCGACUGGAAGAUCUUCUACUUCCUACGGAGCCUGCACAGGAACCUCCUGCGCAACCCGUGCGCUGAAGAGGAUAUGUUUGCAUGGCAAAUCGAUUUCAAUGGUGGGGACCGCUGGAAGGUGGAGAGCCUCCCUGGAGCCCACGGGACAGAUUUUCCUGACCCCAAAGUCAAGAAGUAUUUUGUCACAUCCUACGAAAUGUGCCUCAAGUCCCAGCUGGUGGACCUUGUAGCUGAGGGCUACUGGGAGGAGCUACUGGACACAUUCCGGCCGGACAUCGUGGUUAAGGACUGGUUUGCUGCCAGAGCCGACUGUGGCUGCACCUACCAACUCAAGGUGCAGCUGACCUCGGCUGACUACUUCGUGUUGGCCUCCUUCGAGCCCCCACCUGUGACCAUCCAACAGUGGAACAAUGCCGCAUGGACAGAGGUCUCCUACACCUUCUCAGACUACCCCCGGGGUGUCCGCUACAUCCUCUUUCAGCACGGGGGCAGGGACACCCAGUACUGGGCAGGCUGGUAUGGGCCCCGAGUCACCAACAGCAGCAUCGUCGUCAGCCACAAGAGGACCAGGAACCAGGCCUCCUCCGAGGCUCAGCCUGGGCAGAAGCAUGGACAGGAGGAGGCUGCCCAAUCGUCCUACCAAGCUGUUCUCCAGAUUUCCUGACAGCUGUCCAUACUGUAUCCGGGUCAGCCAGAGGUUCCUCCAUGCAGGAGCUGAGCAUAGGGUGGGCAGUGAAGUCCCUGUACCACCGACUCCUGCCCUGGUUCAACCCUACCAGCUUGUGCAAACUUACUGUCACAUAGCUCUGACGUUUUGUUGUAAUAAAUGUUUUCAGGCUGGGCACGGUGGCUCACGCCUGUAAUCCCAGCACUUUGGGAGGCCAAGGCGGGCGGAUCACGAGGUCAGGAGAUCGAGACCAUCCUGGCCAACACGGUGAAAUCCCGUCUCUACUAAAAAUACAAAAAAUUAGCCGGGCGCGGUGGCAGGCGCCUGUAGUCCCAGCUACUCGGGAGGCUGAGGCAGGAGAAUGGUGUGAACCUGGGAGGCGGAGCUUGCAGUGAGCCGAGAUCGCGCCACUGCACUCCAGCCUGGGUAACAGAGCAAGACUCCAUCUCAAAUAAUUAAUUAAUUAAUUAAUUAAUAUUUUUAAAAAUAAAAAAUAAAUGUUUUCAGUAAAA